AUGCAAAACCAAGAUGGCGACGAGGAUGGCGGCGAAAAUCCGAGCAUUCACGUUACGGAACCGGAAUUUUGGGCUGCAGAUUUGGAUAGCACCGUGACACGCGUUUGCGCUGAGAGCAAUUCAAUUGAAGUCGGGAAUGGAAAGCAACGACUUAUCAGCGUAUCGUCUCUGCCGUUCCCCAAAUUGCUCAAAUUUUUGUCGAGAGCGCGCGUGACGGUUUGUCGUUUUUUGGAAUUCACUCUGGAGCUCGGGCCCGGCUUCGAUGCAGACGAGAAGCGUCUUGCUGAUGGCUCGGCAGACUCAGCCAUUUUUGAAAUAAGCUCGCUUUUUCGUUGGAUGGCCCAAACGCAUUGCGAAAUCAUGCUCGCCGGCAAUAUGCAAAUGAGUCAAUUCGACCUGUUUCGGAAAAUCGUGAAACUGCAUCAGCAUAGAGCCGACCGACUUUUUUAUUACACCGAAGUACGCUGCCGACAAUGCGUGGCCCGUUACGGCAAAGAGGCGCCGUGGAAUUGCGAUGUCUGCGCAGAAUUUUGGUCGUCCUGGACCAGUACAAAGCCCACUGUAACCCUGCAGAAAGUCCACUUUGAGUGCUUCGACUUCAGCUUCGCAAAUAUCGCAAACCUGGUUGACAUAGCGUUUUGCCCAAAUCGAGUGACGCGUCGCGGAUUCUUACAUGAAGUGUUUGCGUUAGUCGAUCGAGCGGAUAUAAUUAGCGGAACGCUUUUCAUGCGACAAUUUUAUGAACGGCUGCGGCGCAUCCAUAGCGGAACAAUGAGACCGAUAAAAACAAACGAAGUUGAUGCGCAAACACUACAGGGAUGGUUGGACGUGCGCAAACCAUUUGACGAUAUGAAAGGAUUGCAGUAUUUUCCCCGACUCCGUUAUCAGCACUUCUUCCGAAUCAACGCAUACAAUAGAACGUGCCUCGCUGCACUUUUGGUGGCCAGUGAGAAGCCGCUGCGGCUGUUUGAUUUCGCCAUAUGCCUUUUCGACUGU